GUCGACUAAAGAGCGUCACAUCAGAGCACACGCUCUCUAACAGCCUCAGGUCUGCAGCAGGACUUCAAACUCUUCAAGAACUCAGCAGGAAAUGGAGGAAAUCACAGGAGAAGCUGACUAUGUGAAUGCACCAGAAGGCCCUGCGGAUAAAAAGGCAACGCGUCCAGACGACACCAAAAAAGGAUCUGCACCAGAAGGCACCGUGGAUACAAAGGCAUCCCCUCCAGGCUUGAGGUUUGUUCUUCCGAUAGCAGUGUGUUGGAUCAUACUGUUAGCCAUCAUGGGUCUUCGUAUCUACUUGACCUCUGAACUUUCUGAAGACAACGCCAAGCAGACUGCAGAAAUCCUGAAGCUGACAUCACAGAAGGAUGGCUUGACAAAGCAAAUACAAGAAAUGGAGACAAACUGGAAUGAGCUCAACGUCAGUCGAGCUCAGUGGAGCAUCAAUGAGUACUGCAAACUGGGUGACGUGACACAGUGUCGACCUUGUGAGAUGAACUGGGGAUACCACGAGCCUAGCUGCUAUUCGAUCAAUAAUGUUGUGCCUACAAAGCGGUUAACCUGGGAAGAAGCUCGAGAAUACUGCAGAGCGCUUAAUGCAGAUUUGGCUGCCGCACAUAAUGAAAGGGAAAAGAACAUCCUCUUGGAUUACAGCCUAUGGAGUUUAGGGACUAACGGACACUGGAUUGGCCUGAGAGUUGAAAACGGGAAAUGGAAGUGGGCAGAUGGAAGUGAUCUGACUAAUAGCUCCUGGGUAGACCCACCUACUGAGGGUCACUGUGCACUCUCUGUCUCUGUCUGGUUCAGAACAACAUGGUUAUCAGUGAGCUGUGAUCAGAAACAACAAUGGAUCUGCCAGAAGAAAGCUCUAUCUGUUUAAACACUGCAGUCUACUUCUACUCUAUGCUUUUCUUUGACUUUUUCAGAGAUGCAGUAACCUAAUUUAUCAUAUCAGUAUAUAGCGAUCAUUUGAUAUAAAAGGACCAACACUUGCUCAGUUUAGUUUGUCUGACAUUUUUUUAAAUGCUGCUUUAUGUUGGCCAAGAUCUUUGGUUUUAACAUAAUUAGCUCAGAGCUGUUUUCUUAAGCAUUUGUAUUGUGAUGUUAUACAUUUUAAUAUGUAGAGAUGAGAGUUAUGUGUGUGAUUUAUCUAGAAGCUAAUUCAUGUUUGAGUCUAUGAUGUUAAAUACAAUUGCUGUCACACAGUGUUGUAGUUAUUUCCUCACAA